GGUUCGUCUGAUUGAAUAAACUAGUUGUCUCUUUAGAGCAUAGGUACCUAAGUUAAACUAUGUCAGAGACGGGUUUAAGACGUCGGUCCCGAAUGACGUUAUGUCCCGGGAUUCAUUGUUUAGCUGCAGGAAGUUUCGGUGUCUGACAUGUCGAUAAUUCCGCCCAUACACAAGUAUUUCGAGAUACACCAGGCUUACAAGUUGAAGUGCUUGAUGACGAAACUGUUUGUCCAAUCCCGUUCAUCUGUGUCGUCGUGGGCCAAUCCUGAAGUAGUUUUGAAUGACACAUUUAGGGAUAUAUCUUUAGAACGAUACCAAUACAGGAAAUAAUAAUCUGAGACUCUGGGAUUCAACGGUCUCCGGAAGACCGACUCUCCCGCUUAGUCGCGUCAUGCAAGCAAGCCACUUGUGCUCUAGAGGACCGUAGAAGCGUAACCCUAAGGAUGGACGACAACGGUUGUAUAGGACUAUAUGUCUAUUUAUCUGAGCUCGAUGGCCGCGGGACUUAUACAUCUUAUACACUAGAGUCUCAUCUAUAAUUCAACUAUGUCUCAACAUCUCGAGAAUGAAGCUACGUUCGAGGGUCACUUCAUUGGGUUUCUCUAUCGUCAAUGGCUAAUCCACCGGAAACCAGUCCCCAAGGGAACAGCCAUCUCGGGUCAAACGGCCAUCGUGACCGGCUCUAACUCUGGUCUCGGGUUUGAAGCUGCGCGACAGCUACUCCAGCUCGGUCUUGCACACCUCGUCAUGGGCGUGAGAUCACAAGCACGCGGUAACGCGGCUGCAGAAAAGCUCCGGGAAGAGUUCCCAGAAUCAACCAUCUCGGUCUGGCUUGUCGAUAUGGAGUCGUACGAUUCUAUCACGGCGUUUGCAAAGAAGUGUGAGACACUUCCGCGCAUCGAUAUCGCCAUAUUAAACGCUGGCUUACGAUGCGAUAAUUUCACAGUCGUCGAGGCUACGGGCCACGAGAAGACCUUCCAGGUAAACUACCUUUCAACCAUCCUGCUUGCAAUCCUACUGCUACCGGUUCUUAAGUCAAAGAAAAUGUCGCCGAGUAGUUCAUUACCUCCUCGACUUUCAAUCGUCACGUCAGAUACUUCAUACUGGGCGGAUCCGCUCGACGCGGGACCCGUGCUGCCCCAGUUUGACAUUCCCGAGGAGUUCAAGACGAUGCGGUCUUACCCGAGGAGUAAAUUGUUGCAACUAUUUUUUAUCUCUAAGCUAGGGGAGCACAUCAAAGCCGACGACGUCAUUGUCAACGCAUCCAAUCCGGGUUUCUGUAGAAACACACAAUUCGGAGACGGAGCCGUGAAAUCUUUUAUAUCUGCACUGACAUUCUGGAUCUUCCAAAACAUAAACGGAAGGACGGUAGAGAAUGGCGCCAGCGCCGUAGUCGACGGUGUCGUCACGAAGGGUAAAGAGAGUCACGGGAGCUACGUCAGCGAUUGGAGUAUCAGGCCGUAUCCUAAGGUCGUAUACACAAAAGACGGGCAGGAAAUAAGAGAAAGGAUAUGGGAAGAGACAUUGGAAGAACUUAAUUUUGCUGGUGCUUCUCGGAUCAUUGAAGAUAUGAAGCGCUGAAUUAAAAGGGGGGCAGAGUAUUAUUCUGUAUAGCGAGCGUAUCUUGUCUUAUAAAACGAUGUUUACCAAUGUUAUCUUAGGAACACAGGUAUCGAUACCAUUUGGACGAAACUAGGGUCGAGCUACAUGAAGGAGAGUAGCACUAUGGUAUAUUGUAUUAGUUGCUAGCCUCAACAAGUUAUUAAGGUGGCAAAUACAGAACGAUAGUGUAUGCUAAGUACGAAGCAUGAAGCAUUAUUGUAAGCUCCUUUUCCUCAAAUUAUAAUGUUGUAUAUACCAGGUCCACCCUCCAAUUUCCCUUUCUCUCCUUUUUG